GCUGUUUAAGCCCUGUCUGGUCCGGCCGGUGGGCCCGUGAAGCGCCAGCGGUCUGACCGGGGCAGCGCCUCAGUCGCCGAGGUUGUUCAGGAAGGAGAAACUUCACAGCCUUUCGAAAUACAAAACUGAUUCCCAUGGAAACAUCCUCAUCCUCUGAUGACAGUUGUGACAGUUUUGGUUCUGAUAAUUUUGCAAACACAAAAUCCAAAUUUAGAUCGGAUAUUAAAGAAGAACUAGCAAAAAUUUUUUAUGAAGCCUCGGAUGAUGAAUCUUUCUGUGGCUUUUCAGAAAAUGAGGUUCAAGAUGCAUUGAAAUUGGAAUCGGAUUCAGAUGAGACUGAUGCAAGUGCUGAAAGUGAUAGAGAGCAGAGAGGACAGAAAUGCCCUGUUCCUCUGAAAGUAGCCAUGAAGUUUCCACCUCGAAGAUCAGAAAGAAGGAAGGGUGGGAUGGAGCCGGUUCCUGAAACACCAAUGCCUGCUCCAGAUUCAGAUUCUGACACUGAAGAAAACGGUGCUAUGUUUUUAGAAAAAAGAGCUUUAAACAUAAAGGAAAACAAAGCAAUGCUUGCAAAACUAAUGGCUGAGUUGCAAAAUGUUUCUGGUAUCUUUGGUGGAAGAAAAUCGUUGCCAGCUGUCAGUCAUCAGGGACCAAAGCGGCUUCCAAGGCGUUCAUUGCCCACGUGUGCCUUGAGGAGGAACCCAGACCGGAGUUCUCGGCCUCACACAAGGUCCAGGUCCUUGAUUGAAGGUCCUCCUACUCUGGAUAUAGAAGAGGAAGAAGAUGACCGGUACAUCUUAGUUAGAAGAAGAAAGAUGUCUGAUGAAUACCUGGAGAAUGAGGCCCGUACUCCCAGGAGGGGUCACCGUGGUGCCAUGGCUUUUCCACAUGUUGUGCGCCCAGUUGAGGACAUAACAUCAGAAGAGCUGGAUAAUAUUUGUGGAUCUGCAAGAGACAAAGUAUAUAACAGGGCCAUAGGAUCCACCUGUCAUCAAUGUCGCCAAAAAACCAUAGACACCAAGACAAAUUGUCGUAACCCUGAUUGCGUAGGAGUGCGGGGCCAGUUCUGUGGGCCGUGCCUCCGCAACAGAUACGGGGAAGAUGUCAGAACAGCACUGCUGGACCCGACAUGGAGGUGCCCCCCGUGUCGUGGAAUCUGCAACUGUAGCUUCUGCAGACAACGAGAUGGCAGAUGUGCUACAGGUGUCCUGGUCUAUCUGGCCAAGUACCACGGCUUUGACAAUGUCCAUGCCUACUUGAAAAGUCUGAAACAAGAACUUGGAAUGGAAGACUGAAGCUGUGACUGCCUUUAAAUUACAUACUCUUUCACCAAUGUAAUAUUAUUGCCUGCAGUGAAUUGUUUAAUCAAAUGACAUUACAAAGUGCCUUCCCUGCUUCCCUUUCGUUUUGGGUAAAAAAGGAUAAAAACCUUUCAUUUAUUUCAGUAUAAAUUAAUGCAGGUCUUUAUCCACGGGCCAUUGUUCUCUCUUUAAACAACUUUGCAAAUCAGAUAGCAUCAGUCCUUGUUUUCAUGACGGUAACUUCUUUUCUUCUUCCUGAAAGGAGAUUGGGCUUUAAGUCAUUAAAGUUUAAGUUUCACUCAUGCAGCAAUCUAUGCUGCAGGUUUACUUAUGCUCCAAAAUUGGUUACAAAAAUAGAGAGAUGUUCUGAAAACUUGGGGCGGUUUUCUUCACAGAACCAAGCAGCCAACUUCUGCAAUGCAGACGCUUCAUGAUCAAAUGGGAUUGUAGAAUUCUCUGAAACAGCAGCAUGUUCUUAAGUUAAAAAAGGAAGCCCUGUAAGUUGCAGCUGAGCAGUCUCCAAGCACUAAUAGUUGAUUUUAUAGAGUACUAAAGGUUCACACUGGCUAUUUCAAAGGAGAUUCUCUGAAUUAAAAAGUGCAGUAGACACCGUUUGACGUGGCACUUUGUUUUUGCGCAGAUGACAGGAGGCCACUGCUGAAAGCUUCCACAACACUAGCAUUGCCUACUGGUGACGGUGAUAGGAACGUGCUGGUAUGCACUGUGUAGUGUCCCUGUGAUAAAUUACUGUUUUGGUGGACUCUUUUCCCUGUUCCUGCUGCAGCUGCAGAGCUGCUUUGCAGAGUCAGCAUAGGUCCUGGGGAAGAGGGAUACCUCCAGACCAGGGCUUGAUCAAGUAGAGGGUUGGUAGUUCAUGUGGCUGUUGGCCAUCCUUGAGUGGAGGAAAGGUGGUAACUUGUUCAGUUUGGUUAUCAGGAAAACAGGCAAUGAAUGUUUCUGUAUCUGGCUCUUUGUGAUUGUGGAAGAUUCUUUCACAUGACAUUUGUGAAAUAUGAGUACAGCAGAAAUGGAGCUGAAGAAUUCUGAUACACUGAGCACGUAGGGGUCUCCUGUACUCUGUUGUAGAAAAGAAGGUGCCAUGAAAAUUGCAUCCAGAGAACCAUAAAGGGUCUAAAUGUGCUUAGUUUGUUAGGGAAGCUACUGUGUAAGCUUUUUAUAAGGUUUAGAAUGUAAUGCUAUAAAUAAUGUACAGUUGAAUAGUAGAAGAAUCAACAUGGGUUUACACUUCUGUGCUUGCACAGUAUUUGCACUGUGUGUAUACAAAAUGAUCCACAAUUCAUACCUUUCUGGGAACUGCAUCAGUGUGUGUGGGAAGGGAGGAGAGGAAUUUAGAAACAACAGAUAUUUAUGUCUCAGACUUCCAGUUCUGUUAUCAUAAAUCAUCUCUCCUAUUGCAAAUCUCCUGUCCUCUCUUUGUCUGUUUUUAUAGUGUGAAUAGCUGUGCAAUCUGAGGUGUGGAGAGUGCUCUUCCCUCUAGGUACAUUUUGUGAAGAAGGAACUCAUUUUAGAAAUACAUGUUCUGACAGAUAAAA